UAUAUGUUAGAACUUAGAAUAAAGAAACGGAAGAGAGCCACUGAUAAAUACUUUUACGAAAUGAUGUUUGGAGGAGGCAGAAGCAUGGGAGGUGGAGGAGGAGGAGGAGGGAUGUUAAGAACAGUUGGGAGAGCGGUUACAAGAACUGGAGUUACGAAUCUCCAAGAACCCAUUUCAUCUUCUUCUUCAAAUUCCAGUACUACUAGUACUACUGCUCCUACUUCACCUAGAAGGACUUCUCAGAACCGGCUUAACUCUCCCAAUCAUCUCUCCUUGUCCGCUGUUACUUCGCCUUCACCUUUUUCUCCGCAUAACGUACCCGUUUCUGCAGCUUAUGGGGCCCCCACUUGGCCCUCGUUUGGGUGCGAAGAUUAUGAGUGGGUGUCUGUGGAUGGCGGAGAUGAAAGGUCCCAUGGAGUUUUUCUUGAUGACUUUGUUGUUGGCCCCGUUCCUUCCCUUGAUGAAGUUAAUAACGCUGUCUCUGCUCUUCAACAGGGUUUUGACCCUGAUUCAUACUCCCUUGUGAGAGAUAAGUAUGCCUAUAACUUGGACAAAGAUGCUGAGUUGGAUUGGGUAGAGCCCUCACUGCAUCUGAGUAAUUCAAGAGCAUUGCAGCCUUAUGGACCUGACAGAGUUUAUGAUGCUUUUCAUUUAUUACAGAAUGAUCCAUCUAUCCAGAGAAUGGUCGUUUCAUUAUCUUCAGAUCAAGCUGUCUGGAAUGCUGUUUUGAAUAAUGAGGUGGUUCAGGAACUGAAGGAGUCUUUCUGUGCAGCAGCUGAAGACGGUGAAUUAGAGUGUUCAAGUGAUUCUUGUGAUGACCCCAACCCUGCAAUGAAUAUCAUCAAGUGGAUUUUCCACAACACUAGGGCCAAAGUCAUUGAAGUAAUUGAUAAAAUUACUCAUAUUGUGAAUGAGUUGUUCAAGCCUUCUGAUGCCGAGACUCCAACAACAGGAUCUAAAUCAGCAGGGGCUAUGGACCCAUUUGAGGAAAAGCUGAGAACUUCAUUCCUUCUAUCCAUUAUCGUCCUGUUGGUUGUAGUUGUGACUAGAGCUGGUAGGGCUUCACCAUAAUUUGACGACAUGACAGGUAAUAUUUUCCCGUAAUCGUUUACAUUACUAGUCUUUAAGCUGAAGUUAUGCUUGUAAAAUUUAAAAAAAAAAAACCAAUGAAAUUAGAGAGACUGAAGUUAGCACAUGGAUGUGUGGUAUCUAUUGAUCUAACUAUAAGAAUGUUUAUAUUUUGUAAAGAUGGUGACUGUGACACUAUUGUGCUUAAUUGGUCUGAAGGUUAUGUUUACCGUGUAGGAUUUUAAA